AGGAUCUUCUGCCGAUCGCAGAAAUUGCGAUUCAGAAUAAAUAAAAUGGCUCGUAAACAUUGGUUGGGACUUUCCCUUGUAAUAUUGUCAGCUUUUGGAAAUUUGAUGGUGCAAGCGAUACCACCAGUGAUAAUAGUUCCUGGAAUCGGUGGUAGCCAGUUGCAGGCAUCUUUAAACAGAUCCAGAACAUUGCAUUGGUGGUGUGACAAGAAAUAUGGUUGGUACACAUUAUGGCUCAACUUGGAAGAAUUUGUAGCUCCUCCAUUAGUGGAAUGCUGGACAGAUGACAUGAAGUUGGUCUACAAUAAAUCAACUGAAAGAAUGGAAAACACACCAGGAGUCUUUAUUAGAGUCCCUGGCUUUGGAGACACCUCAUCAAUAGAAUAUUUAGAUCCUGCAUUGUCACACCCUGGAGAGUAUUUUGCACCUUUUGUGGAAAGCUUAGUUGACAAGUUUGGUUAUGUCAGAGGCAAAAGCAUCAGAGCUGCACCAUAUGAUUUCCGCUUUGGCCCAGAAUAUGCAAAUGAAUAUUUCGCCAAACUCAAAAAACUGAUAGAAACAACUUUUGCUGAAAACAAAAACAAGAGAAUCUUGUUGGUUUCACAAAGUAUGGGAUGCCCAUACAGCCUUCUGUUCCUCUAUAGACAAACCCAGGAAUGGAAAAAUAAAUACAUUGCAAGUUGGAUUACAAUUUCAGGACCUUGGGGUGGAGCUGUCAAGUCUUUAAGAGCUUACAUAUCUGGAGACCCAUUUGGUGUACCAUCUUUACUUGACAGCCCAGUUCUUAUGCGAGCUGCCCAGAGAACAUACACAAGCUUGGCAUUUAUAAGGCCAGCAGAAGGGUUUUGGGGACCAGAUGAGGUGCUUGUUCAAAAUGAAUUUCGAAAUUACACAGUCAAAGACUAUGAUGCACUAUUCACAGACAUUGGGUUUGAGCUGGGAUCAAAAUUAAUUCGCAAGUCAUUACCCUCUUGGACAGAAACUCCACCUGGCAUUCCCUUGCACUGCUUGCAUGGGUCUGGUAGGAAAACACCAGGGCAGUUGUACUAUGGACCAGGGGACUUCCCUGAUGAACAGCCAUAUGUUAAGCAUGAUGAUGGUGAUGGCACUGUCAACCUACGGAGUCUUAAAGGGUGCUUGAAGUGGAAAAACAGUACAAAACAGCCCUUGAAUGACAAAGAGUAUCCUGGUGCUGAGCAUAAUGGUAUUCUAGGUGAUGACCGAUUGAUUAAAGAUGUGUUUAAAAUUAUCGAAACGCUAAUAAAUGAACAAGCAAUUUUAGACAACACAACGUGGUAAAGAGGUGCUUUUUAUUAUAAUUGAUUGCUUGUAUUUGUUUGUUGUGGACUGCUUACAAAAUAAUACAAAUUUUUAAAGGUUAGGCAUCCAAUUGAAGUGAUUGUCUAAUUUUUUUGUUUCAGAAUGUAAACAAAUUGUAAUGGCAGAGUAAGAACAAUGUGACACAUUUGAUUAAAUGAGCCAAAAUUAAACACCAAUAGUAAUUAUGCAGGAAAAGACAAUACUGUCCCUAUUUUACAUCAUUGAGCGAUUUCAGCAACCAACCAUUUGUCCACCCAGCAAUAAAAAAUUGGGAAUGUGUUGGACCCCAUUUUGCUUAUCAGUAACACUUUAAGAAUGAUCAUGGCAGUAUAACAGCACAUUUUAUACAUUUUUAUCAAUGUUUAUCUCAUUAUACUGGACUAUUAAUUUGGAGCAUAGCAAUCUGAAGUGAAGUGUUGGUGAUGAAAUGUUUCAUAUUGCUGGUACUGGCUUGAAUUGGUCAUAUUUAAAUCAUUCCAUGACCAACUUUGAUGUUAUAUAUGAAUUAUUCAUAUAAUAUAUCAGUUUCUGAACCAUGCUUCUUGAGAAAAAGGUUGGAACUUAUGAAAUGGUCAGGAAAUUUUAGCUUUAAAUUUUUGAAACCCUUAGAAACAAGCUAAAAAUUGGCAUUUUCUGGUGAGGUAAAUAAGUGAUUGAUGCUUUUCCAGUUGUGGCUGCUUUGUUUUGAUUCUUGAAUUUGCUGGUGUCAUUGUUUGUUGUUAUUGUUAUGUUGAUAAUAUUAUUGUGCUUAUAUGUAAUUCAUUUGGUUAAACUCCAGAAUUACUUCAAUCAUUAUUUAUCUAAAGACAAAAGUCUGAUUCUUUAAAAAGUAAAUGAAAAGAAAAUGUAUUUUAAUGAACCAAUUUGUUAUUACAAAGCAAUUUUUAAUGCAUAUUUCAGUCAUUUUACUAGUAAAUGUGUUAGAACCAACAUUGCUGAGAUGCUUCAUUCUCUUAUUUUUAAUGCAGUAAAUGAAAUUAUUGUUUGUAAAUUAUUCAUGAUUCUCUUUGUAUCGUGAGACACUAAAGUUUUUAGAAUAUCAUGAAGCUAAAAAGGACAAUUUUUACAGUUAUUCCAAGAUUAUUUUCUCACUUCCUGCACAAACAUUGAAUGCUUCCGAAAAUUCUUUCUCUCAAACUGUUGGAUGUAAAUUGCUACUUAAAUGUCACACCAAAUCGUAGUUAUUCACUGCAAUUAUUAAAUCUGGCUGCCAUUGCUUUUUCGACUCGGUUCCAAAUGCUUCUUUCCAAGGGAGAUACGGUGUCUCCAUUCACCGUCAUGUUCAAUUGAUACAUAUCCUUUGUGGAAGAAAAUGCCCGUAAGAGCUCGACUCUUGAGUUUAUGUUAUCCAAGUGAACAUUGGCGGACGUACUGCGUUCAAUUGAGCUUUGGUCAUUAACAUCUAAAAAUUCAAAAGAUAUAUCAAUAGAAUGUUGACUAUAAUUCCUAUAGAAAUUUUAACGUAUAAUGGUAGUCUAUUGAAAGAUAUCGGAGAUAUUACCACAUUAGCUCUCAUGCGGCGAAAGAAUCAGCCAACAGAUCCUAAUGAAGCGGGAAUGUCUUCUAAAUAGAGGGUCGAGAAAAGAGACUAAAUUCACAAUAAGUGUAGAAGAAAUUGACGCAUGUUUUAUACGUAAUUUAGCAUUGCCAAAUUGAUCAGCAAGAAAACAAUUGAAUGCGCUAGCUUCAAGGAACAGAAUGUCCAAAAAACAUCUUUUGCCACAAGACUUUUUGUGGUGACGAAGUAUAUCCAUCGAAGUGAUCACAACUACUUCAUAGUUCCUUAAUCAAUAACAAGAAAAAAACUUACAAAUUUCUAGCAGCCUUACAAAUUUCCCAGGGAAGGUUGGAGAGCACCCAGGAGAGAAGGUCGAGAUAUUAAGGCAAAUGCAGGUUUUGGUGAUAUUUUGUACAUUUAAGGAUUCUUGAAGCAAACGACAAGAAAACCGAUCAAUUGAGGUUGCUGUUUUGAGCUACAGCGUCAAGCUACGAAUUUUAAUGCAAGGGUAGAAAAAGGAAUUAUACGAAAAGCCAAGAUUAAAAACACCUCAAGAUUUCUCUUUUUUUUACCGGUGUAAUUUGUGCCUUAACCCAACCCCGUCACAUUUUCACACUUAGU